UCCUCAAAUCCUAGGGUUUCUCUAAACCCCUGUAUCUCAACACUCAAAAUCUUACACUCUUCUUCUCCGCUAAUCACCAUGUACCUCUACAGUCUAACCCUUCAGCAAUCCACCGGAAUCCUCUGCGCCAUAAAUGGAAGCUUUUCCGGCGGAAAAUCGCAGGAAAUCGCGGUGGCGCGUGGCAAAGUCCUGGAGCUUCUGCGCCCCGACGACAACGGUAAGCUCCAGUCUCUCCUCUCAGUUGAAAUUUUCGGUGCUAUUCGCUCAUUAGCUCAAUUUCGCCUCACUGGUGCUCAAAAGGAUUACCUAGUGGUUGGCUCCGAUUCGGGGCGCAUUGUAAUACUUGAGUAUAAUAAAGAGAAGAACACGCUCGAUAAAGUUCACCAGGAAACUUUUGGGAAAUCGGGAUGCCGUAGGAUAGUUCCUGGCCAGUACUUGGCCAUUGAUCCUAAGGGUAGAGCUGUAAUGAUUGGUGCCUGUGAGAAGCAGAAGCUUGUUUAUGUUUUGAAUAGGGAUACUGCAGCUAGGUUGACAAUUUCGUCGCCGUUGGAAGCGCACAAGAGCCAUACUAUAGUUUACUCAAUUUGUGGGGUGGAUUGUGGGUUCGACAAUCCAAUCUUUGCGGCUAUAGAGUUGGAUUACUCUGAGGCGGAUCAGGAUCCCACUGGUCAGGCUGCUAGCGAGGCGCAGAAGCAUUUGACCUUCUAUGAGUUGGAUUUGGGGCUAAAUCACGUGUCGAGGAAAUGGUCAGAACAGGUUGAUAAUGGUGCUAAUAUGCUUGUAACUGUUCCCGGUGGUGGGGAUGGGCCGAGUGGUGUGCUUGUGUGUGCGGAAAAUUUUGUUAUAUAUAAGAAUCAGGGGCACCCAGAUGUUAGGGCAGUUAUUCCGAGACGUGAGGACUUGCCUGCAGAGCGUGGUGUCCUGAUUGUCUCGGCUGCUAUGCAUAAGCAGAAAUCCAUGUUUUUCUUCCUCUUGCAAACUGAAUAUGGAGAUAUAUUCAAAGUGACACUGGACCAUGACAAUGAUAGAGUUAAAGAGUUGAAGAUCAAGUAUUUUGAUACCAUUCCAGUCGCAUCUUCCUUGUGUGUCAUGAAAUCUGGGUUUCUGUUUGCUGCAUCAGAGUUUGGAAACCAUGCCUUGUAUCAGUUUCAGGCGAUUGGUGAUGAUCCUGAUGUGGAGGCUUCAUCUGCUACACUGAUGGAAACCGAGGAAGGUUUCCAGCCGGUGUUCUUCCAGCCUAGAAAGCUGAAGAAUCUGGUUCGGAUCGAUCAAAUUGAGAGCUUGAUGCCUAUUAUGGAUAUGAAAGUCUCCAAUCUAUUCGAGGAAGAAAUCCCUCAAAUAUUUUCACUUUGUGGGCGUGGACCUCGUUCUUCUCUGCGGAUUCUGAGACCAGGUUUGGCUAUUAGUGAAAUGGCUGUUUCACAAUUACCUGGUGUCCCAAGUGCUGUAUGGACUGUCAAAAAGAAUGUGAAUGAUGAAUUUGAUGCCUAUAUCGUUGUCUCUUUUGCAAAUGCCACUCUUGUACUUUCCAUUGGUGAGACUGUUGAAGAAGUUAGUGAUAGUGGAUUUCUUGACACUACGCCUUCUCUUGCUGUUUCUUUGAUUGGGGAUGACUCCUUGAUGCAAGUCCACCCAGGUGGUAUCAGGCAUAUCAGAGAAGAUGGGCGUAUCAAUGAAUGGAGGACUCCAGGAAAGAGAACAAUCGUUAAGGUUGGGUCUAAUAGAAAUCAGGUUGUCAUUGCUCUGAGUGGAGGGGAGCUUAUAUAUUUUGAAGUUGAUAUGACAGGGCAGCUGAUGGAGCUUGCAAAACAUGAAAUGUCGGGAGAUAUUGCCUGUUUAGAUAUUGCCCCAGUCCCAGAAGGACGACAGAGAUCUCGCUUUCUGGCUGUUGGAUCUUAUGACAAUACAAUCCGCAUCUUGUCUUUAGACCCCGAUGACACAAUGGACAUUUUGAGUCUCCAAAGUGUUUCAUCACCUCCGGAGUCUCUACUUUUUCUUGAAGUUCAGGCUUCAUUAGGAGGUGAGGAUGGAGCAGACCAUCCGGCUAACCUCUUUCUCAAUGAUGGUUUGCAAAAUGGAGUUUUAUACAGGACAGUUGUGGAUAUGGUGACUGGCACGCUCUCGGAUGCUCGCUCUCGAUUCUUAGGUCUCAGAGCACCUAAGCUCUUUUCUAUUGUUGUGAGAGGGCGACAAGCUAUGCUUUGCUUGUCAAGUAGACCUUGGCUUGGCUACAUACACCAAGGUCACUUCCUUCUUACGCCUCUGUCAUACGAGACACUUGAAUAUGCUGCCUCCUUCUCCUCAGACCAGUGUGCAGAAGGUGUUGUAGCUGUUGCUGGGGAUGCCUUGAGGGUUUUCACCAUAGAGAGAUUAGGAGAAUCAUUUAAUGAAACUGCUAUACCACUGAGGUAUACACCAAGGAAGUUUGUUGUUCAUCCCAAGCGAAAGCUUUUGCUUAUGAUCGAGAGUGAUCAGGGAGCAUUCACUGCAGAAGAACGUGAAGCUGCAAAAAAGGAAUCAUUCGAGGCUGCUGGGAUGGGAGAGAACGGAAAUGCAGAGCAGAUGGAGAAUGGUGAUGACGAAGAGAACAAUAAUCCACUUACGGACGAACAAUAUGGUUAUCCCAAGGCAGAGUCUGGAAGGUGGGUUUCUUGUAUCAGAGUUUUAGACCCGAAGACGACACAGACGACCUGUUUACUUGAGCUUCAGGAUAAUGAAGCAGCAUUUAGUAUGUGCACUGUCAAUUUUCAUGACAAGGAGUAUGGAACUCUUUUGGCUGUCGGGACAGCAAAAGGCCUGCAGUUCUGGCCCAAAAGAUCCUUUGAGGCUGGAUAUAUUCAUAUAUAUAGGUUCAAGGAAGAUGGGAAAGUUCUUGAACUUCUGCAUAAAACACAAGUGGAAGGUGUCCCUCUUGCUUUGGCCCAAUUUCAAGGAAGAUUGCUGGCUGGAAUAGGACCUGUGCUUAGAUUAUAUGAUUUGGGGAAAAGAAGAUUACUAAGGAAGUGUGAGAAUAAGUUGUUCCCUAAUUCAAUUACAUCUAUCCAGACAUACCGUGAUCGGAUCUAUGUUGGUGAUAUGCAAGAGUCAUUCCACUACUGCAAGUAUAGACGUGAUGAAAACCAGCUGUACAUAUUCGCUGACGACACAGUUCCCAGAUGGCUUACUGCCGCACAACAUGUAGAUUUUGACACCAUGGCCGGGGCAGACAAAUUUGGAAAUGUUUACUUUGUGCGGUUGCCACAAGAUGUCUCAGAUGAGAUCGAAGAAGAUCCAACUGGUGGUAAGAUAAAAUGGGAGCAGGGGAAGCUGAACGGGGCACCAAACAAAGUGGAGGAAAUAGUACAAUUCCAUGUUGGCGAUGUGGUCACUUGCUUGCAGAAGGCAUCUUUAAUUCCAGGAGGUGGGGAGUGCCUCAUUUACGGGACGACAAUGGGGAGUUUGGGGGCAUUCCUCCCAUUUACAUCACGUGAUGACGUUGAUUUCUUCUCUCAUUUGGAGAUGCACCUGCGACAGGAGUACCCACCUUUGUGUGGCAGGGACCACAUGGCCUAUCGAUCUUCCUACUUCCCGGUGAAGGAUGUGAUUGAUGGAGACUUGUGUGAACAGUUCCCAACUUUGCCUAUGGAUAUGCAACGGAAAAUUGCAGACGAGCUCGAUAGAACUCCCGGGGAGAUCAUGAAGAAACUGGAAGAGAUAAGAAACAAGAUCAUUUGAGACUGUUGUUCAAGUUGAUGAUUAGUACUAGUAUAUCUUUUUACCUCAUUUGUAGGAGUAUUGUUUUCUUUGUUACUUGAUUAGUCAAUGUUAAGGUGUAUUGUUUGUAUAGUUUAGAUUUAGAUAGUGACUUGUUUAUUGAUUUCUUCAUUUUCUAUUCUUGAGCAAAGUGAGUAUUGUCAA